CUGGAAUGAGAUGGACUUUGCCGUAGAUGGAGGAGCUGAACACGCAGCAACAUUGAAAGCACGAGUCCUGAUUGUUCUGGUAGUGGUGAUCUAGUCUAGUGUAUUUUGUCUCUGAUCUAUUACCCACAGUAGAUGGCGGUAAUGCUCUUUUUAAGAAUGCGAACCACCAAAUAAGCACAAAGAAGAAGAAGAAGAAAAAUAAAUAGACGACACCCAAACGUCAGCUUCAAAAACAACAACUAAAAGAUAUAUUAGCUAAGGACAUAACAUCAUCUUCCGGUGAUCGCAGAGAAAUUCUCGGAUAAAUCUGAACCAUGGCUUCGUCAAGCGACACGACACUGAUAGCAGACAGGUAGGGGGCGCUAGUGGAGCUGUGAGAUGUUGCCUCUCGCAGAUCAGAAGAAGAAGAUGCGCAGAUCUUCCUGUAUUUGUGCCUCCGAUGCCAGGCCUUGCACUUACUGGAAGGGAAAUCGACACAGUUCAAAGAUGAAAUAUUCAAAACAUUACCUCAGAUGAUAGUUUUCUCUAAGCACUUUUUUAUGCCACCUAUCAAUGAUGGCAGAAAAGAUCAGAGGUUUGAAUGUGGUGUUACUGGGAAGAUCAGGGAUUGGGAAAAGUGCUUCAGGAAACACAAUCCUGGGAAAAGAAGCUUUCAAAUCAAAGAAAAGCUCUUCUUCAGUCACACGAGACGUAGCUGUGGAAUCUGGGAGGGUCUGUGAACGAUGGGUCACCGUCUAUGACACACCAGGAAUGUUUAACACAGAACUGAGUGAUCAUGAGAUUCAGAAGAAAUAUGAAGAGGUUUUCCUGAGAUGUGAAUCAGAUCCCUGUGUGUUUCUGCUGGUCAUCAAAGCUGACAGAUUCACUGAAAAAGAGAGAGAAACUGUGAAGAAGAUUGAGAAGCUGCUGGGAGACGAGCGCCUGAAGUAUACCUGGAUCCUCUUCACCAGAGGAGAUGAACUGGAGGAGGACAACAUGACAGUAGAAGAAUUUAUCAAUCAGUCUGAGCCACUGAAGAACCUCGUUCAGAAAUAUGAUCAGAGAUACCACGUGUUCAACAACAAGACGAGAGGACAUACAGAACAAGUUCAGAUGCUGAUUGUGAAAGUACUACACUCAUUCUCUGUCUUCGGAGAAGUCCUAGAGAAAUUGAAGCCGAAUCCGCUAAUGAGGAAAACACCUCAAGACAUUGAACCAGAUGCUCCUGCUGACCGUCUCUCAUCCCGACGGAUUGUUCUUCUGGGUAAAACUGGAGUUGGGAAGAGUGCAGCUGGAAACACAAUCCUGGGACAGAGAGAGUUCAUAUCUGUGAUGAGCAUGAGUUCAGUAACCCGUGAAUGUUCAGAGGAACACGCGACUGUUUCAGGCAGAUCUGUGUCUGUUGUUGAUACUCCUGGAUUCUUUGACACACAGAUGAGACCUGAAGAGUUAGCUGAGGAGAUAGCCAGAAGUGUGUAUUUAUCCAGUCCUGGACCUCACGCUUUUCUCAUUGUGUUUCCUGUGAACGUGAGAUUCACUGAACAGGAGCGGCAGAUUCCUCAGAUGAUUGAGAUGAUGUUUGGUCAGGGAGUGUUAAAGUACUCCUUCAUUAUCUUCACUCAUGGAGAUCUGCUGGAAGGAUGGUCAGUAGAGAAACUCAUUGAGGAGAACUGUAGAUUUAGAGAUCUAGUUCAGCAGUGUGGAGGCAGAUAUCACGUCUUCAACAAUAAAGAUCAGAAUAACAGAGAGCAGGUGAAUGAUCUCCUGCAGAAGAUUGACUCAAUGAUAGAGCAGAAUGGAGGAGGACACUACAGUAACCAGAUGUUUGAAGAUGCUCAGAGAUUCAGACGAGAGGAAGAAGAGCAGAGACUGAGAGAGGAAGAGCAGAGAAAACAACAAGAGGAGAGACAAAUAGAAGAGGAGAUUGAGAGUGUGAUGAAAGAGACAGAGGAGAGAGUCCGAGCAGAGAUGAAAGCUAAAGCAGAGAGAAUGAGUGAGGAACAAAUACAAGAGGAGAUUAAGAGGGUGGAAAAGGAAACCAAGGAGAGAAUCAGAGCAGAGAUCGAAGCUGAAUCAGAGAGACAGAGAGAUGAAGAGAAGAGAAGAGAAAGAACAAUAAGUGGAUUUAAUCAAUUUUUCAGCAAGUAUAAGCAGCGUUUCUUUCUUGUUGCAUCUACUGUUGCUGUUGGAAGUUUUGUUGCUCUUGGAGGUGCUGUUGCUCUUGGAGGUGCUGUUGCUGUUGGAGGUGCUGUUGCUCUUGGAGGUGCUGUUGCUGUUGGAGGUGCUGUUGGAGGUGCUGUUGCUGCAGGUGCUGUUGCUGCAGGUGCUUUUAGAACUGCUAUUGUAGCUUAUGGCAAUCAGAGGAGACUUCGAGAGGAAGAGCAGAGAAAACAACAAGAGGAGAAACAAAGACAAGAGGAGAAAGAGAGAGUGAGAAAAGAGACAGAGGAGAGAAUCAGAACAGAGAUGGAAGCUGAAUCAGAGAGAAUGAGGGAGAAACAAAUAAAAGAGGAGAUUGAGAGGGUGAGCAAAGAGACAGAGGAAUGUGUCAGAGCAGAGGUGGAAGCUGAUAGAUCUGAAAGAGAAAGACUUGGAGCUGACCGCCUCUCAUCUAGACGGCUUGUUCUUCUGGGUAAAACUGGAGUUGGGAAGAGUGCAGCUGGAAACACAAUCCUGGGACAGAGAGAGUUCAUAUCUGUGAUGAGCAUGAGUUCAGUAACCCGUGAAUGUUCAGAGGAACACGCGACUGUUUCAGGCAGAUCUGUGUCUGUUGUUGAUACUCCUGGAUUCUUUGACACACAGAUGAGACCUGAAGAGUUAGCUGAGGAGAUAGCCAGAAGUGUGUAUUUAUCCAGUCCUGGACCUCACGCUUUUCUCAUUGUGUUUCCUGUGAACGUGAGAUUCACUGAACAGGAGCGGCAGAUUCCUCAGAUGAUUGAGAUGAUGUUUGGUCAGGGAGUGUUAAAGUACUCCUUCAUUAUCUUCACUCAUGGAGAUCUGCUGGAAGGAUGGUCAGUAGAGAAACUCAUUGAGGAGAACUGUAGAUUUAGAGAUCUAGUUCAGCAGUGUGGAGGCAGAUAUCACGUCUUCAACAAUAAAGAUCAGAAUAACAGAGAGCAGGUGAAUGAUCUCCUGCAGAAGAUUGACUCAAUGAUAGAGCAGAAUGGAGGAGGAUACUACAGUAAUCAGAUGUACGAAGAUGCUCAGAGAUUCAGACGAGAGGAAGAAGAGCAGAGACUGAGAGAGGAAGAGCAGAGAAAACAAGAAGAGCAGAGACAAAUAGAAGAGGAGAUUGAGAGAGUGAUGAAAGAAACCGAGGAGAGAGUCCGAGCAGAGAUGAAGAGAGAAGAAGAGAGAAGAGGAAGAAAAGACAAACAAAUUCAAGAGGAGAUUGAGAGAGUGAUGAAAGAGACAGAAGAGAGAGUCAGAGCAGAGAUGGAAGCUAAGAGACAGAGAGAUGAAGAGAAGAAAAGAAGAGAAGAGAAACAAAAAGAUUCCUGUGUCUGUAGUUGAUACUCCUGCCUCCUUCAGCACUUCCAUUAAAAGCUGAUGGAUGAAUGACUGAAAGAAGAGACCAAAGAGGAAGCCAUAGCAGAGAGCGACAGGAGCAGAGCUUUAUCUUUCACACUGGAGACAGAGAGAUGAAGAAUGAAGACCAGGAGAGAGAGAGAGAGAGAUGAAUGGAGGAGCAGUAAGAGAGCUGCUGAAGAACUGCAGAGCAAUGCAGAAUAAAAGUGUUUCAUGCAGCAAAACAGCUGGAAAUGAACAGCUUCAUCCAGCGGAUGUGACACACACGAGAUCAGAGGCAGUCCGGUAGAACUCAAGUGUGCAGAAGGUGAGAGGAGACAGAUCUCAAGAGAAAUAAAAUGCAGGUGGAGAUGCGGUGCUAACAAUAGAAGAAGAAGAAGUCAGAGUGACAUUCGACGACUUGUUGAUGUUUGCUACAGGCACGAACAGAAUUCCUCCACUUGGUUUUGAUCCUGUGCCUACACUGGCAUUCCUUCAUGACCCAGUAAACGGUGUGAAGAGAGUUUUUCCAGAGGCAAAUACGUGUGGACUAAUUCUGAGGCUCCCAGUACACGCCACGUAUGAUAGCUUCAGCAGCCACAUGAUUUUGGGCAUUGUACAGUCCCCACAUUUUGGUCUAGCCUGAAGUUUUUUUUUUUAUUUUGGUUGUUCAUGUUGAAAUAUUAGGAUGUUUUUGAUGAC